UCGUGAAAGUGACGUAUGUACGUCAGUAGUGUGGGCCGACCCGCGUAUCGUCGGUACAAUUCUAAAAUUUUUUCCAUUUGAUUUCUUGCGGAAAGAGCACUAAUACCGCGAUACGCAAUCAUGAAUUUUCUUUAGUACAGUUGUAGGAGGACUCGCGAACAAGAAAAGCGGCUCGUUAUCGUAUGUUCGUCUAACUGGAUUGAGACAAAUUUCUGCUCUCAUACGUGUGUGUUAGGGCCCCGAUCAAUCUUUAAGUUCACGACCCCACGCUUAUUCGAUUAAUUCAGUUUAUUCGUAACAGAAUUCACGCUAAAUUGAUAGCGUUUCGACAAUUCUUCUUUUGUGAGAUUUAGUUCGGUGGUCACCUACGGGUGAAUAGAGAUGGCCACCCCUCAAACUCCAGGUAUGGAUCCCUGGAUAAUUCAACCCAGGGAACGUGCAAGAUACAGAGAACAGUUUGACUCGUUAAAGCCGAUCAAUGGGGUUGUCACUGGAGAGCAAGCAAAAGAAUUUUUACUUCAGUCUCAACUUCCACCUCGCAUUCUUGGACAGAUAUGGGCUUUAUCAGAUACAGAUGCAGAUGGUAAAAUGGAUAUAAAUGAAUUUAGUAUUGCAUGUAAAUUGAUUAAUUUAAAGUUACGUGGCUAUGAGAUUCCUAAAGCAUUACCACCUAGUUUGGUGCAAAGCUUAAAGUCACUUUCUGCUGGUGAUGCUAAUGUGACAAACUUAACAAAUGGAGCUGCCAAUAUUCCAUCACAAAAUAAUGUUGCUUCCUUAGUGAAUUUAUCUGGUAUGCCACAAGUUCCAGUACAACCAGUACAAUCUUUAAUUGGUGGAGUAUCCAUGCCUGGAUCUGUUCCACGUCCUCUUAUAGGUCCUCCACCUACAAAUGGACCAUUGCCAGGCCAUGCAAUUAGACCUGCCUCACCUAUGAAUUUACCAGCAUCACGACAAAAUAGACAGAAUGUGGCUGCCACUACACAUGCCACAACUCACACAGCGUCAAAACCACCUGCUCGACCUGCACCACCCUCCGUGGGAAUCGUGCCUUCUACAAGUACUGCUACUACCACUACUUCUAGUGGUGGUCCUCCUCAAAGACCUGCACCACCCACAAAUAUUGGAGCAAACUUUUCACCUGUUACCAGUAUUCCACCACCAAAACCAGCACCCCCUUCGUUUCCUAACAGCCCGGUCGCGGCUGGAAUGUCACCAAUGAAUGUUCCACCUGUAUCUGCUGCAGUUGCUCCUCCAGUUCAACCCCUGCAAUCAAUGGCUACAUCUUCUGCCAUAGAUUUACUUGACUUUGAGUUGUCAGGUAUGCCUACAGUAGCGCCAAUCGCACCUUUAAAUACAAAUCCAACUCCUGUAGCUGCUUUUGGUAUGGGACAAACAAUGCAGAUGCAACCACUAGCUACUGGUAUGAUUGCACCAAUUACAUCUACUAUGAUACCAUCUGUUGCACCAAUGCCUGCUGGACCUGGUGUUGUGUCAACUCCUCCAAAUGUAGGUUUACCUUUAGUAUCAGCAACAACAGCAAAUAGUACAUUAGUUAACGGUGUAAUUGCUCAAACACCGGUAUCCACUAGUACACCGUUAAGUACAAUCGCACGUCCUCCAAGUAUAGAUAGGGUGGGCUCGGUUGAUUCGCAACAUAGUCAGCAUUCAGUAGGCUCACCGCAGUCCGUAGAGUGGGCUGUACCUCAUCAGACAAAGUUAAAAUAUACUCAGUUAUUCAAUACCUGGGACAGGACUCGAUCUGGAUUUUUGUCUGGCCCUCAAGCAAGAAAUAUCAUGGUGCAAUCACAGUUACCACAGAAAGUGUUGGCGCAAAUAUGGGCGUUAGCGGAUAUGGAUUCAGACGGUCGCUUGAGUUGCGACGAAUUCGUAUUAGCAAUGCAUUUGUGUGAUUUAGUUAAGAUUGGCGAAAAAAUACCUGCCACGCUUCCAAUAGAACUUAUUCCACCUGCGUUCAGGCGCCAGCGACAAAGUAGUUUGACACUCUCACAAGGUGGAACAGAAAAUAUAGAUCCAUCGGCUGGUAUGCCACAAACCUCUUUCGAGGACAAACGUAAAGAGAAUUUUGAGAAAGGUCAAGCUGAGUUAGAACGUAGACGUAAAGCGCUGUUAGAAAUUCAACGAAAGGAACAAGAAGAACGCGAGCGAAAGGAAAGAGAGGAAGCGGAGAAACAAGAGAAAAUUAGACUGGAGCAAGAAAGACGUAGGCAAGCAGAAAUUGAAAAACAAAUGCAAAGACAAAAGGAAAUUGAACAAGAAAAAGAGGAACAACGAAAACGAGUUCAAGAACAAAGAGAAGCGGCACGAAAAGAAAUGGAAAGACAACGACAGUUAGAAUGGGAAAGACAAAAGUCACAAGAGCUUCAAACUCAGAGACAAAAAGAACAAGACGUGUUACUUAAGUUAAAAGCAAAAAAUCAAACUUUAACUAUCGAGCUUGGAACACUCAACGAUAAAGUAAAGGAAUUAUCACAAAAAAUUUGUGAUACCCGAGUGGGUGUAUCUGGUGUAAAAACGACAAUUGAUGGUAUGCGAUCAACGCGAGACGCACAGUUACAAGAAAUGGCUGCCUUAAAGAAUAAACUUCGAGAACAAAACCAAAGAUUACUAGCUUUGAGUCAGGAGAAAGCUCGCAUUGAAGCAAAGAAUAAACUAAAUAUGGCUAUGGAAUCAGCCGGUCAAGAAGCUAUUAAAAUGGCAUUUGACAAUAAGCAAAUUACUCUUAAGCAAAUGAAAGAUAAAAUUGCUGAUUUACAGCAACAGAUUGAAGCUAGAAUGGCUGAUAUAGAAAAUAAUAAUGGUCAGCUUCAAGAUAUCAACACUCAACUGACAAAUUUAAUCACUGAUUGCAAGGAUCUUUACAUCACUUUCGAAGACAAAAAAUUAAAAGUUUUAGAACUUAGAGCAGGUGGUGUUACUGGAGCUACUACCGACUAUACGACUUCCGCGUGGGGUGAUAGUGCAUGGAACGAUACUACAGGAUCAGUGGACGAUAGUACUUGGCCUGUUGAUGAUACUACUACAACGAAUGCAGUGGAAGAAACUACUCCAGGAGUUAUGAAAUAUAGAGCUCUAUAUGAAUUUGUAGCUAGAAAUCAAGAUGAAAUAUCGUUUCAACCCGGUGACAUUAUCUUGGUACCUCCUGUUCAAAAUACAGAACCAGGUUGGAUGGCAGGAGAAAUUCGGGGUCAUACCGGUUGGUUCCCUGAAUCUUACGUAGAACCAGUAGAUGCCGGAAGCGGAAAUGACAACGCUUUUGUACAACAAGAUAGCGUAGAAAAGAGGACUCUAGAGGGAAUUGCUGAAGUUCCCGAAAAUGUAUCCGACGCAGGAUCCUUAGGUGGCGAACCUCCAAUCGUUGAACCUAUUAUACCUACCCUCGGAUUAGGUAUAGCCUGUGAUUUACAGGCAACAGCUUUGUUUCAGUAUCGUCCUACAACAGAGCAGCAUCUUCCAUUUGAGAAAGGCGAUAUUAUUAAAGUUAUUGAACAACAAGGUGAUUGGUGGUAUGGCUCAUCUAACAAUGGAAGUGGUUGGUUCUCUAAAACAUAUGUGAAAGAAAUUCCUCCUAGUCAACAACCCGUAGUUGUUGAUGGUCUUAAUGAAUAUUAUAUGGCUCUGUAUCCGUAUGCUUCGGCUGAGCCUGGCGAUCUAAACUUUAAUCAAGGAGAAGUUAUAUUGGUUACUAAGAAAGAGGGCGAUUGGUGGACAGGAAGUAUAGAAGAUAGGGUCGGGGUAUUCCCUGCUAAUUACGUAGAAAAAUGCGAUGCCCCAAGUCAGUUUGAUGUAUGUAACAUUAAUCAGGAUGACCCUAUAACUACUAAUGUGUCCGAAAUAAACACGGAUACCACGGUGACUACAGACACAACCACGAGUAUUCAUGAAACAGCUGCUUCAGUUGCUCAAGCAACAUUGCAAACUGAAAAGACUGCUGAACAGCUAGAAGAUGAAAGAGCAGCAGCGGAAGAUAGAGCAGAAUUGCCAGAUUUUACAGCAAUGGCUGCCCAGCAGUAUUACAAGAGAGGAAGGAAACCUGAAAUUGUACAAGUCAUUGCACCUUAUCAAGCUACAAGUUCUGAACAGUUAGAUUUACAAAAGGGACAGUUAAUAAUGAUACGUAAAAAGACGGAUAGCGGUUGGUGGGAAGGAGAAUUACAGGCGCGUGGUAAAAAGAGACAAAUUGGUUGGUUCCCAGCAUCUUAUGUUAAACCUUUAACUAGUAGUAGCAAUCGAAGUACACCUGUUUCUCAUGGAUACCAGGACUCUCCUACAGAUCCCAAUGUUGAACGUGUUAUGGCAUUAUAUCCAUACCAAGCACAAAACGAAGACGAAUUAAGCUUCGAGAAAGGUGACGUUAUAACCGUGCUUGCAAAACAAGAAGCCGCAUGGUGGAAAGGCGAAUUAAAUGGAGUAUCCGGCGUUUUCCCCAGUAAUUAUGUAUCUCCCAUGUCUAAUGAGAUGACAACUGACUUAUUAAUGGCUGGAUUGGAUUCAAUGGAAAGAAAACGGCAAGAAUACAUCAAAGAACUUAUCACAACUGAACAAGCAUACAUAGAGGACAUGAGACUGGUUCACGAGGUGUUUGAGAAACCACUUCUUGAAAGUUUAGUUUUAACUGUGGAUGAAGUGGAUAAGAUAUUUGUUAAUUGGAGAGAUAUUAUUGCCUGCAAUGAUAAUUUUUUAAGAACAUUAAGAAUCCGACGAGAUAACAGCGAAGGAGGAAUUGUUAGAAUGAUUGGAGAUAUUUUGUGCGAAAACAUUCCAAGAAUGUCAGCCUACAUUAGAUUUUGCAGUUGUCAAAUUUCAGCUGCUGUUUAUCUUCAAAGAUUGACUGAAACAGUACCAGAAUUUGUGAAAGUUGCACAUACUUGUCAGCAGGAUCCACGUACAAAAGGAAUGCCCCUAAGUUCUUUUUUAAUAAAACCAAUGCAAAGGAUAACGAAAUAUCCCCUUAUUAUUGGCAAAAUUUUGGAACACACUCCUGCUGAUCAUCCUGACAGGCAAUAUCUUCAAGAAGCAUUGGCUAAAGCAGAAGAAUUUUGUACCCAGGUAAAUGAAGGAGUUAGAGAAAAAGAAAAUAGUGAUAGAUUAGAAUGGUUACAAACACAUGUGGCUUGUGAUGGGCUGGAAGAACAACUUAUUUUUAAUUCUUUAACUAAUUCUUUAGGUCCACGAAAACUUCUUCACUUUGGUAUACUCCAUAAGGCAAAAAGUGGCAAAGAACUUGUUGGAUUCCUUACAAAUGAUUUUUUAUUAUUUGCUCAACCGACGGUUACGAAAAAGUCAUUAUCCGGUGGACAACAAUUCUCAUUUGAACGAAACGAACAUCAAAAGUUCAAAAUGUAUAGAAAGCCAAUCUUCUUAAAUGAAUUAUCCUUCUUAGGAGAAUCAGAUACAAAUGGGACUGUUGGCUUAAGUUGGGGCGAGUACACUGAAAACUCUUCUAGAUUACUUAGGUUGAGGGAUCAAAAGAAGCCGAUAAUAUUAUUGGCCCCAUCUCCAAGUGAAUGUUCACUAUGGACUAGAAGACUUACAGAAGCAAGGAAAAAGUUUAUAGAAAACGAGAAAACACGUUUACAAAGACAACGAUCAAAGCAGGCGCAGUUUGGAGCGUGUGGCAGAAUUCUCGUUACAGUGCUUGAAGGUUUCAAUUUAAAGACAAUACCUGGCAAGUGCAAUACAUUUUGCAAAGUGAGCAUGGGUUCGCAAGAAGAAAGAACGGGCGUGGUGUCAGGGACUGAUUGUCCUCUGUGGGAUACAUCGAUGCAAUUCCAAGUAAAGGAUUUACUUGAAGAUACUUUGUGUAUAACAGUUUUCGAUAAAGGCUAUUAUAGUCCAGAUGAAUUCCUUGGUCGAGCGGAAAUCAGAGUUGCUGACAUAAUGAGAGACAGUAGAGAUUCCUGUGGACCAAUUCAGAAACGCAUUCGAUUGCACGAAGUUGAAAGAGGCAUUGUUGUAUUGAAAUUAGAUCUUAUACUGUUUGGCAAUCGGUAAAAAGACUGAAUUACUUAGAUAUUAUAAUUAUACAGUUAUAAUUAUUACUGCCAAUACAACUUUUUAUAUUUCUACUCUGUAAGUUCAUAUUGUAAUAUAACUAACAAAUAGUAAUGUACGAUCAGUAGAGGUAGAAACCGAUUUUUUUUUAUAUGAGAAUAUUUAUUAUACUUUAUGUAAAAGAUGUCAAAGUAGAUAUUACUUGAUACGCAUUUUUUUUUAAUUACAAGGGACUGGUAUCCAGUGUAAUCCUGGAAGUUAACUCAUAAGAAAAAUAUUUAGUUUAUACAUCAUAUACAUUGUAUAGAAUUCCAUUGAAUCGUUUAAAUUCUUGUCAACGUACAGUAUUAUUGUUAUUGUUAUAAUAUUUAUAGUAUGUAAGUGAAAAACAUUUAUUUUUUUAUAUAAAAACAUGUACAAAAUGUUAGAUGGGCAUUAGUAUGAAUAAAAGGGCAUGUAACGAA